AUGCGGCGGUCCCUCCCUGCUUUCCGCGCGCAGGCAUGCAGCGUGCAGCGCGGCGGGUCGGCGCGGCCAGGGUCGAUCCUGGCGGGGUUUGAGUAUCCGGAGCACGUGUGCGGGGUGGCGUGGCGCGACGAGUACGUGCGGCUGCACGCGCGCAUCAGAGCCGCCAGCCGCGACGCGUGGCGCGCGCGACAGCCACCAGAUGCCCCGUCUCCCGCGACUUCGCCUUCGCCUGCGCCAGCACCAGCGCCCGCCUCAUCACACGAAUCGCCGCCCCUCGCCUCCGCGCCGCCGCCACAGCCCACCGCCACGUCGCGCAGGCGCCUGGCGGACCACUAUCCCUCCGACGUCGACAAGCCCGCGGAGCUUGCAGCAGCGGACGACUCCGCUGCAGCUGACGCGCCUUACACGCCACCGGCAGUGCGGUUCCUGGCGUACGACUGGUUCGGCACGUGCGGGGGGGUCGGUGACUACCUCAUCGGGCUCGUCUCCAUCUUCCCCGUCGCGCUGCUCGAUUGCUGCGCGCUGCUCGUGGCGCAGCCCUGCAUGCACGCUGCGUUCCACUCGCCGCACAUCGACACCGCGCCCCCCCCCACCCCCAGCGUGCCCAUGGAGGGAAAGCCGCAGCUGCGCGCCACACCCUUAGACGCACCCGGCACAGGCGCUGGCGACAGCAACAGCAACGUGGAGGAUUUCUGGUACCCGCCUCCACUGCAGGUGAAGUGGAUUCUCAUCACCAACUCGCACCCGCUCAAGCAAGCGCUCAAGGCCAAGUACCCAGAUAAGGUAUGUAACCACCCCCACCUCCACCCACGCUCAUGUUCCACCCCGUCCCCACCUGUCUCCCUUUUUCUCCUUCCUUCCAUCGCCUUCCCUCACCACAUCUGUUUCCUUCUAUUCACCCGCUCGCUUUUCCGGUUCCUCUUGUCCUGCCUCAUCCCUCCCCUUCCGCUCAUGCGCCUCGCCUCUCCACUGCAUGCGCCGCAUUGUGUGGUAGCAUCGUACUCCAUUCCCUGGCACUCGAAUUGA